AUGGUUCAGCAUAACGAUAUGGGAUGUGCAAGUUCCAAACGUAUCGAUCCAACCCCUAUAUAUCCUCCUCAUUCAAUAUACAUCCCCUCAGAAUCCUUCCCUGGGGAUUCCAGACGUAGCACGCCAUACCAUGCCCAGGAGAACAAAUCUAGGUCAAGGCGUUCUGGCUUUUAUGGGGGUGGCGGCAGCGGAUUCCCAUUGAAAGCGGAAGUCGCGUCUCCUCGUAGAUAUUUACAUCAUACAGAUGAAGAGAUCGAGUUGGAAUUAGCGAGGAUACGAGCAGAGAAUGGGAUCUGGGGGAGAAGAGGAUGA